CACACACACAGACUUACUUCCCGCGUUAUGCCACAUGCCGCCACGCUUGAGGAGUUAAGUUCCCAUAUUGCCGCCAUCCAGAAGGUGCCCGGACAGCUGCUAGAAGAUGCUGCUCCAGAGGUCGACCUGGCAGGCCUCCGCUGCAUUGCACAGCAACUGCUUGAGCUGUCCCGUGAAAGAAGACUUGCUGCGAAGGUCUCUGUUUCAUGGCCUCGGGCUGCUGUUGCUGUCCUGCUAGCGUUGGGUGCCUUGAUCACCUGGAUACCCGCCUUGAGCUACAACUUCAAUGGAGGCUUCUUCAUGGAUGAUGCUAUGAUCAAGAAGAACCCCAAUGUCUAUGAGGAAUUGAACUGGCUCCGGCUCUUCAGGACUGACUACUGGGGCCUGGACAUGUUUCAGGGCGAGUGGACGCAUAAAUCCUUCCGGCCAUUGACGGUGCUCAGCUUUCGUUGGAAUCAUGCGUUGGCUGGCUUUGAAGGCUCUGGUUUCCACGUCGUCAACGUCCUAUUGAAUUGGGUUUGUUCAGUUCUGAUGGGUGUUCUUGGCUUCGCCCUGGGUCUUCCUGCAGACUUUGCGCUGCUGCUUGGGGCUUUGUUCUUAGCGCACCCCGUUCAUACAGAGAGUGUGCUCUACAUUGUUGGGCGCGCUGACCUCCUUUGCCUCCUUCUGAUUCUUGUGGCAGCGCUGCUGUACACACCGUGUGUCAAGGAGCUGCAGCCAGGCUUUUUGCUGCUACCGCUCUCUGCAGUAUUGAUGGUGGCUGCGGGCCUGUGCAAAGAGACAGGAUUUUGCUUCUUUGGGUUGCUGGCGGGCUGGGAGAUUCUUGGAGGGCUGUUGACCUCCUGGCGCCGGGGGCGUGUCCUCCGCAUCCUCGCCAUGCUGCUUUUGGGCAGCCUAGCUUGUGGUCUCCGAGUGUGGUACACCGGCACGGCCAUUGAGAAUAUGGACCCCCAUAGCAAUCCCAUUGCGGUCCAUGUUGACCGCGGGGUACGUUUGCGGAGCUAUGCGCUCCUGCAUGGGAUUUAUAUGAAGUUGCUGGUGUUUCCGAACUUCCUGAGCUACGACUAUUCCUUCGAUGCGAUUCCACUGGUCCUGGAUGCCUCGGAUUGUCGGCUCUUGUUACCUUUGGUCGCCUACCAGGGCUUCUUCAUGCUACUCGCCCUUUCCCUCUCUGUCUUGCAUCCUCACAAGCAGGCGUCGGAAGCUCCAAUCGUCGGAAUGGCAAUAUUGCUCUUGAGCUUCGUCCCUAUGUCCAAUAUCUUGUUUCCCGUGGGUACGAUGAUUGGCGAACGCCUUCUGUAUAUCCCAUCAGCAGGCCUUCUCCUCACCGUGGUUUCCCUGGUCUUUUCCUGGAAGCGGCGCAAUAGCGGUGCUGCGCUUCUUUGUAUCGCUGGUGCUCUGGGGAUCUGGCGCUGUGCGGUGCGAGUGCCGGAGUGGAAGGACUCCGAAAGCAUCACGACAGCUGAUGGCCUCACUCAGCUGAACUCUGACUUUGCGGGAAGGCAAAUGCCUUGCAGUCGGCAGACUCCUGCUGAACUAUUCAAGUGCAGGAUUGCGUUGGCAGCCUGUGAUUUUGCUCGGGUGCAAUUCAACCUGGCCAAUGUCUACCUGCAGGCCAAGCAGUACGACCUGGCCUUGGAUACGUACCAGCGCUCCAUCAAUAUUGACCCCACGGACCACGAUGCGUUGCCGUUGUACCAUGCUGGACAAAUCCUCUUCUUCAAAGGGCAGCACCAAGAAGCUGCCAGAUACCUGGAGAAGGCGGUGAAUGGCUUCUUUAGUCCCUUGACCAUUCAGGAGGAAGAGAUUUGGCAUGAUUAUGCACUUUCCCUUUGGUUUGUGCAGAAGCCGCAGGCUUCGAUCGCCCACUUUCAGAAAGCACUCAGCAUCAAUCCAACCUUCACAAAAGCCAUGAACAACAUGGCUUGUGCUGCUGGUUUGGGUGCUAUCACUGGCAUAUUGCCCCGAGAGUACUACCAGCAUGCCAUCAACGCCUUGGACCAGGCCGUCCGACUUGAUCCUGCGAAUGUGCUCUACUGGCGCAACGCUGUCGCACUCAUGUCCGGAGGUGGAGACGAGUCCCGCGCCGCUGCGACGUGGCAACAGCUGGUUGCAAUGGAUCCGCAGGGAGCAGCAAACCCGCCCAAAGAUUGCAGCUGGGAGUUCUAUUUUCGAUAAAA